AUGGCCAACUUCACCCCGAAACAGAUCGCCUUCAUUAAGACCAAGUUCGAGGAGGCCGACACCGACAAGAACGGCUCCCUCACCCUGGAUGAGCUCACUACUUUGCUCAAUACCCUGGCCGGCGGUCCUUCUCGUGAGUUCUCGGCCAGAAUCUCACUCGCUCAGUUCGACAACAACAAGGACGGCCGCUUGACCUUUGACGAGUUCCUGGAGUUCGCCCCUACCGUUGCCAAUUGGGAGCUUGAGUUCUAA